CAAAAUGCUUAAUAGUUGAAAGGGCCCAAGAUUUUUGUUUACAACCCUAGAUAGCCAAAUUCAUCAGGUGAAGCCUAACCCAGCCCAGCAAAAGGCAGGUAAGUAAUUCCGCGAAGAGUAUAGAUUAUUUAACCAAACGCAAAACCCUAAUUCCCAUUCCAUCGUCUUGUAGCAUCCCCUUCCCCCACUCUCCCCCCAACCAUGGCGACCGCCGCGACCCCGACCACCGAAUCUGUCCAAUGCUUCGGCCGAAAGAAGACGGCGGUUGCCGUCACUCACUGCAAGCGCGGACGCGGGCUGAUCAAAAUCAACGGAGUUCCGAUUGAGCUCAUCCAGCCAGAAAUCCUCCGCUACAAGGCGUUCGAGCCCAUCCUCCUCCUCGGUCGCCACCGCUUCGCUGGCGUCGAUAUGCGUAUCCGCGUGAAAGGAGGCGGUCACACCUCCCAGAUCUACGCCAUCCGCCAGUCCAUUGCGAAGGCGCUGGUUGCCUUCUACCAGAAGUACGUCGAUGAGCAGUCUAAGAAGGAGAUCAAGGACAUUCUCGUCAGGUACGACCGCACUUUGCUAGUGGCUGAUCCCCGUCGCUGCGAGCCGAAGAAGUUUGGAGGUCGCGGUGCACGUGCGAGGUUCCAGAAAUCUUACCGUUAAAAUAUUGGCAGUUUUGUGCGUUUUCUAUUGUUAUAAUCGAAUUUUGGCUGUGAUGAAUUCAGAUACCUUUUUGUUUAUGUUUUGGAAUUUUGUUCCUUCUUACUCUUGAAGUUAUUUGUGAGAAUCGCUUUUAAUUAA